AUGGCUCGUGGAAUUUUGGUUUUGUUUCUCUUCAUAUGCGGAGUGUCAGCUCAGAAUCUUGUCGUGAAAAAUGCCGGGCGAAAGGUUGAGUUGAAUCUGGUCUACUCCCACUUAUUGGUCCCGUACCCAUCGAAGAUUGUUCAGAACCAACCACAGCUCGUGAAAUAUUCCGGAAAUGCAUAUCCGUUUCUUCCUUAUGAAGUCGUAUCAGCUAAAACCGUUGUAACUUUGUCCUCAAAUAACAUUGAGAGUUACACGAAAGUUAAGCCCGUUUCAGUUACAGAUACGUCUAUUACGUACGGGCCGUAUGAAAACCUUCCAGCUUUCAGCGAGGAGGAAAUAACGGUGCAUUAUGAAAACAACGCACCAUUUCUUACUGUUGCUAGUUUGAAACGGUGGAUUGAAAUUAGCCAUUGGGGUGGAAACAUCGCAGUGGAAGAAGACGUUGAUGUCCUUCACACUGGGGCUCGUUUGAAGGGUGCCUUCUCACGCCAUGAAUAUCAGCGUGGUCAAUCUGGUCCUAGCUCGGUUGCUUCCUAUCGUACUUUCCUCCCAGCUGCGGCAUCAUCAAUCUACUACAGAGAUGACAUCGGCAACAUUUCAACGUCGCGGACGAAAAUUCUGGAAGAUACUGUCGAAGUUGAGCUUACUCCUCGAUUCCCACUUUUCGGUGGUUGGAAGACGAAGUACAAGAUCGGUUACAACGUACCGUCGUAUGAAUACCUGUACAGCAGAGGCGACAAUUUCAUUCUUCAGAUGCGCUUCAUUGAUCACAUCUUUGACGAAAUGGUAGUUGAUAGCGCCGAAGUUAGCGUGUUGUUGCCCGAAGGUGCGGAAGACGUUGAAAUCGUAUUUCCUGAAUAUCCGGGCAUUGAGAAGAAAGCAGAUAGCAUUUUCAAAACCUAUUUGGAUACAACCGGGCGCAAAGUCAUCACCGCCACAAAGAAAAAUAUUGUUGAGAACCACAUCCAGGAUUUCCAAGUCAAAUACCGCUUACCCUCCUGGCGACUGAUCUUCGAACCCUUGCUCAUCGUAGUUGCUUGCUAUUUAAUGUUCUUAGUCAUUGUGAUCUAUGUGAGGCUGGAUUUUUCGAUUUCGAAGGAUGAAGCUGUCGAAGCUCGAAUGAAAGCCGCAGGUGUGUUGGAGAAUGUUCUCUCGACUCAAGAGAAGCGAGAUGCUAUUUACACAAGCCUUGAUGCUGCAAUCCACACUCUGAAGUCAAGCAAGGACGUUAACGGGUUUCAAAGCGCGUUGAAGAACAUCAAUGCAGAUCACAAAAAUUUGGCUCAAUCGCUUGGAGAUCAAGUUUCGCGAUUGCGGUCUCUUGGUGUUCCGGACCUAGCUGACAAGAUUUUAGACUUGCAGAAGUUGGACAAAACCCUGAAGGAUAUUGUUGGACAGCAAGUCAGUCUUGCUGAACGCCUUGUGGGAAACAAAAUUGCCAAGGGGAAUUAUGUCACCGAAGAUGCAACCCUGGGGAAGAAACGCGAAGAGCUUUUGGAACGCAUUCAUUCGAUAAUUGGGUCUCUGUGA